AUAACAAAAGCACAACUCAAACUGGAGCCUGCCUCACGCCUCCGCCAAUCAGAGCUGAGCUCGUGCACACCGCGGCCAAUGGCUGGUCCCGGGACCCUCGCGCACAGCCGUUUGAAGGGCGGUCCUCGCUAGAAAAAGGAAAGUAUGGAUCACACAGCAGCGGAGUUUCGAGCUGGUAAGGUAGACGGUGAAAACGGUGAAACAUAGGAAUAAUUUUAGGAUAAAGGCGUUAAUAGGAGAUGUAUGUUGUUGUUCUGUAAACGUUUAUUUAUUUUAUCACUUUGUAUGUCCCAGAGUAUGUUUACAUGAAGUGAGCCAACUUGUGUUGGUGUGUUUCUGAUUGAUUAGUCGCCGGAGAUUAGCAGCACAUUCAUGGCUUUGAUAGCGACCGAGCAGGGGUGCAAGCUGAACGGGACGUCGGCGAUUUACGGCCGAGUUGGCCCGAGAAAAGAGGUGCUCCAGGGCAAGACUGAGAGCUUUAAAGCUGCCAAAAUGCAGCCCAAAGAGACGGAGUAUUCAACAGAUGGCCUGCCCAAAGCCUUCCUGCACAGCCUGAGGACCCUGUUUGACAUUUUGGAUGAUGCUGGACGGGGCUAUGUCCACAUCUCGGAGAUAGAGAGCCGCUGGCAGGGGGCAGACACCCGGGACCUGCCCGGCGGGGUGCUGAACUGCCUCAGGCGGGUCACGCCACCGCAUGGCUGCCUCACCUUUGAGCGGUUCGUAGCGGGGCUGCGGUACUCCAUGCUGAACCCGGAGCACAGCGCCCACUUCAAGGCCCAGGCUGCUGUGCACCCACACCCACAGCAGCCCCAGAAAUCCGCCCCGCUGUCCACAUGCAGUGUCGGGACACGGGUGGAGAACAAGGUCCGUCCGCUGGGGCCGAGCAACGUGACCAACACCCAGCAGCACCGGGCGUCCUCACUACAAAGCCGGGCCAGGCCAGAGGAGGGGCCCGGGUACCCCGCGUGUGGACCGGUGCGGUACAGCUCGGGCUUUGAGAGGUCCGGGCGGAGUUUGGAGCGGAAUUCUGUCGCUCCGGGGGGCGGGUGUUACCGGGCCGACCCGGGCCAUGCCACCAAGCCGACACAGCCUCAGCAGAGCCGGGUCAGGUCCAUUGAGUCGCUCGCUCUGGAGUCACCGCAGCUCCAAGGACCAAGUGUUGUGAAAUCAGGUUUACCAAGAUCCCAGAGUGAAUCAGCAACAGGAUUUACUGGAGGCUCCAGGCGACACGGGCGGAGUCGGGAAGAGCAGAGGCGGCAUACCAUAUCCAACGGAGUGGAUUACAGCAUGUUGAAGCAAAUGAAAGAGCUGGAGCAGGAGAAGGACUCCCUGCUGGCGGGCCUGGAAGUGGUGGAGCGGGCCCGCGAGUGGUACCAGGGCCAAAUCCACAAUGUCACAGAGAGACAGCGGCAGGUUGGCCAGAGCUCCCACUGCACGGAUUUCUUCACAGAAGCCAAUCAGUGUCGCAUGAAUGUUCUAAUACCCAAACUGCAAGAAGUCAACCGCUGCCUUAAUGACCUUAUAACCUGCUCUGGGAUGUCAUUUCCUUCCAGCGCUGCACAGACAGCCGCUAACCCCCAGCCUCCUGGUCCAGCUCCUCCACAAGCCAUCCAGAGACUGAAAGACCAGAACCGACUCCUCACACAGGAGGUGACAGAGAGGAGCGAACGGAUCGCCCAGCUGGAGCAGGAGAAGUCUGCCUUGAUAAAACAGCUUUUCGAGGCUCGGGCCCGCAGCGCACAAGACACCAGCACCAUGGACUCCACCUUCAUCUGAAAACAAUUACACUCCACCCAGCACCAUAGCAUGUUAGCGCCACUUUUCAGCUGGGAGUCAUCACGACAAUGGUUCUGGAGCAAAACUUUUAUAAGCUGACUGUUGUUUACCCACACAUGUAGCAGUGAUGCACCUUUUUUUAGCCAUGAGAUGCCAACACACCCGAGUGAAGCAUGUGACCACUCCACCCCAAACCGAAACAUGCACUACCUAGAUGUGAACUCUCCCAGGAAGACGUGACCCUGAGAGUCUUUAACCUGAGAGUCUUUUUACUUGCUGCCUUUACUUUUCCUGCAUAAACGAAGCUGAAAAGACUGGGACACUAUCAAGAAACCAGUUGGGUUUCGUGAGAUCUCAUCACUCCAGUUCUUGCGGAUUACAGCAUCUGCAAGAUCUCCACUCCCACAAGACUUUUUUUUAACUUCUGCUGCUCGUCUGCACAGGCAUCAUAAAGAAAACAUGAACUCAGUGGGGGGAUGAUUUCUGUUGGAAUAAAAUGCCAUAUUCUUACAGUUUAAUAUGAAAACAAAUCAUAAGCUGCAUCUGCUUGCUGUGACCUAUCAAUUACAUUUUUGUUAGUUUGGUACUUUGAGCUAAAUGAUAAUAAGAUACCCUUUUCCCAUGUCUUUCAGUAUUUCCUUAUUUUUAAUGUAACUGAAUACUAUGUUUACCUGACAUUGGCUUUCUGGGUUUUAGUUUUUUUUUUUUCUUUCAAACACAUAGAGACAGGAAUUACUGAAAAGAACUGUUUUUAUAUUACAGUAGCAUGUUUAAUGUUAAGACCUUUAAUGAAUUUUGAUGUGUUUUUUAAAGUUUGAAAAAAAGAAAAGAGAUGGGAGGACAGCCUACAAGCCAUCGAGAUGUAGAGGCAGAGACAGACGAGAGAAGUUUGGAAGUUUGCACGUAGAAGAGAGCUGAGGAGGACAAACAUGGCAGACGAUGAAUGUGUCAGAGCCUGAGCUGCUUGGUUGGGAGAAAUAAAAAAAAAAAGGAAAUCACUUUGGCUAUCUAGUGCUACAUCCCCUGUAUGUCUUUUUACAGUGGAUUCUUUGCAUGGCUCAUGUUUUCAGCUCCACAGUAUUUAUCCUCUGAAGAGAUUUCUGUUUGAAACCUGGAGAUUAAAUGUUAGCACAGAUGUUAAAACCCAUUUUGUCCUCGUUAAGUGUCUCUUUUAACCAGGAUCAGCCUGGAGGCGGUUGGCUUUAGGACUAAAACUGUAAAAACACUCAGCCAUCCACAAAGUUUACAAGAGAAAUAUUUAGUUAGUGGGUGGCGGUAGAAUAAAAAAACAUUGUAGUUUUAUAACGGAUCUGUAUGGUACUGCUGGGAUGUCUGCACAUAACAUAUUGUUAAUGUCUUUCCCACUUGUUUGUAUGUUUCUUGCUGCUCAAACUACAUUAUGUGUGAGUGAAACUCUUUUCCUUCAGCUUUCUAUCGAGAGUACUCAAAUUCAGAUAAAAUGUAAAAUAAUAAAUAUGACCAAACAAUGUCGACUGCAGUGCGGUGGUUUGUUGCAACGUAUGUUUAGCAGGGUCUGGAUUUCUGUCACAACUUCACAUACUUCGAAGGUGCGUGGAGAAGGGAGGGAAGUGUAAAGAGGUCAAAACUCCAACAAUUAAGUGGUUCUUUAUGCUACAAAUGUUGCUGGAGCUGUGACCUCUUUUGCUAUUUGUUUUUCUCAGUAUCUGUACAAAGCUGUCAUACACAUACACAAGAACACAUAAAGCUGGGGUGGAAAUCUGGAGAAUCUGAAAACACACCCUUCUCCUGCAGCUCUCCCCUCUCUUCCCCAAGCCCCUCCCACCAUACAAGCAUGGUACGUGUUUCAUACAGUAACCCAGUAUUUCAUGUACAUUGAUUUGUUAAAUCUCAUGUCAUUGUACAGUUCAUUUGUACAGUUCAUCCGCUCCACCCGUUUCCCAUUUAUCAGACCACAAAUAAGACAAGAUUAGCUAGGUCAGUGGUUCCCAACUGGUCCAGCCACAGGAUCCAGUUUUCUCCUUAGACAUUAGUUCGAGGUCCACACCGUUUAAUAUAUUUAGCACCAUACUUGCAUUUAGCUGUGUCAUCAAGCUAGUUUGCUGUCUGUCAAGUAGCUGUCCAUUAGUCACUGAGUCUACAGGAAGAAACAGCACUUCAAAAGAAAAGCUCUGUGCCAGAAAUUCACUAUACUGCAAAAUAAAGUGUGU